AUGAGCGGUAGUAGCUAUGAGCGGUACCCGUUACUAUACUGUCAACCGGUUGCAAAGCUCAUAAAACCCGGUUGCAAAGCUCAUAAAACAUUUCUCCGGCGCUCUCAAAUGCUUACAAGAAGGAAAGUAUCACCGUCGGUACGAAGCCUGAUUCAUUCCACAUUUUGUUCCAAAUCUUGCAGCGCUGCUAUUAUUCAUCGUCGCUACGACGUCCCGGAACGGCCAACUAAAUUUUAUGGGUCUCUCCUUCAAUCACUGAUUGCUCGGAGAUCAAUCAAGCACGGAAAGCAAGUACAUGCACGGUUUCACUGCAUUGGCCUAGCUUACAAUGUUCAUUUAGCCACAAAGCUUAUUAAUCUGUACAGUUUAUGUGACUGUUUGUCUUAUGCUCACAAGCUGUUUGACAGAAUUCCAAAAGGGAAUCGUUUUCUUUGGAACGUUUUGAUUCGUGGAUACGCUUGGUCUGGGCCGUAUGAAGCUGCAAUUUCAUUGUUCUAUAAAAUGCUUGAUCAUGGACUUGUGCCUGAUAAUUUUACUUUCCCUUUUGUUCUCAAAGCCUGCUCUGCCCUUUCUGAGAUCAAUGUGGGGAUGGAUAUACACCAACAUGUGGUUAAGACCGGAUGGGAAAUGGAUGUUUACGUUGCUGCCGCGCUUGUGGAUAUGUAUGCUAAAUGCGGUUCUGUUGUAAAAGCUAGGGAAAUGUUUGAUAAGAUCCUGGAGAGGGAUGUUGUGCUUUGGAAUUCUAUGCUGGCUGCUUACUCCCAAAAUGGGCACGCAGAAGAGUGUUUGUUGUUAGCUGGCGAAAUGGCUUUUGCUGGUGUAAGGCCGACAGAUGCGACCCUGGUGACCGCUAUAUCAGCCUCUGCUGAUAUUGCAGCGCAUCCAAAAGGGCGGGAGCUUCACGGCUAUGGUUGGAGGCAAGGGUUUGAAUCAUAUGAUAAGGUGCAGACUGCUCUUGUUGAUAUGUAUGCUAAAUGUGGUUCAUUACAAGUUGCUAGGGACUUGUUUGAACGUCUUGUAAAUAAGAGGGUUGUCUCUUGGAAUGCUAUGAUCACUGGGUAUGCAAUGCAUGGACAUGCUCAUGAAGCUUUACAUUUGUUCAACCGGAUGGCCCAAGAAGCGCAUCCGGAUCAUAUUACUUUUGUCGGGGUUCUAUCUGCUUGUAAUCAUGGUGGAAUGGUGGAUCAAGGUCGGAGGUAUUUUGAAGUGAUGACUCGAGAUUAUCAAAUACAACCUACUGUUCAACAUUACACUUGCAUGAUUGAUCUCCUUGGCCACUCCAAUCGUUUAGAUGAGGCUUAUCGUCUUAUCAUGGAGAUGAAAGUCACCCCCGAUUCGGGUGUUUGGGGUUCUUUGCUUAACUCGUGCAAGAUACACAAAAAUUUGGAUUUGGCAGAGCUGGCACUGGAGAAGUUAACCGAACUUGAGCCUGAUGAUGCUGGCAAUUACGUGAUAUUGUCAAACAUGUAUGCACAAGCCGGAAGGUGGGAAGGAGUUGCAAGGCUAAGAAAGUUGAUGGCAGACAAGGGAUUGAAGAAAAGCACGGCGUGUAGUUGGAUUCAAGUGAAGAGUAGAGUGCAUGCAUUUCUUUGUGGAGAUACAUCUCAUCCUAUGAGCGACAAGAUAUACGCCGAGCUAGAUCGAAUAGGAAGAUUAAUGGAACUGUCUGGUUAUGUGCCCAACACUGAACCUGUUUUCCAUGACGUCGAUGAUGAUGAAAAGAGGAGAAUGAUAUGCAGCCACAGCGAACGGUUAGCAAUUGGAUUCGGGCUAAUAAGUACCCCGCCAGGAACCAAGCUGCUGAUUACUAAGAAUCUCAGGGUGUGCGAGGACUGCCAUGUUGCUAUAAAGUUCAUCUCAAAGAUAACAAUGAGAGAAAUUAUCAUUAGAGAUGUCAAUCGCUAUCACCAUUUCAAAGAGGGUGCAUGCUCCUGCGGGGAUUUCUGGUAA